CCGCUAUCUCUGAAUGACUUGACACAAUUUAAUUCUGAAAGCUGACAGGUGUUUUGUUGCAUAUGUGCCACGAUCAAAGAGCUUGUUACGAAGAAAGAAACAGCUCUAAGAUUUUAGUCUUGAAAAGGAGAAGACAUUUUUUGUUGAAUAAAUGUCCUAUUAUAUAAACGCAUCACUUUAAUGCAGAGACAGGCGUCUGAGCCGGUAAAUAUUGUGGAGGAUGGACUAGCAAAUCCUUAUUCCAAAGUAGGAAACUGACACUGUCCAUGGGUGUACCACGGGAGGGCGCUGAACUCACAUGAUUACGCUCUCCGGUCCACACUCCGGAGCAGAAGGUGGCGGUAAAGCACCUAAACCGCCGGUAAACAUCCAAGAGAAGAGCAGUAGUUUACCAGCCACAGCCCUCUACCUCUGGACCAAAAUAGACAGUUGAGGGCUGAGCAGCUGACUUCAACUAGAAAUGGCUGCCACCGGAGUUCUUCCCUUCAUAAGGGGGGUAGACCUCAGUGGAAACGACUUCAAAGGUGGGUACUUCCCAGAGCAUGUCAAGUGUAUGAGCAGUCUGCGAUGGCUGAAACUGAACAGGACAGGACUGUGUUACCUACCAGAAGAGCUAGCCUCUCUGCAGAAGCUGGAGCAUCUUUCAGUGAGUCACAACAGCCUGACCACCUUACAUGGAGAACUGUCCAGCUUACCAAACCUACGGGCGGUGGUAGCCAGAGCCAACAACCUGAAAAACUCUGGAGUCCCAGAUGACAUCUUUCAACUAGAUGAUCUCUCUGUGCUGGACCUGAGCUACAAUCAACUGACGGAGAUCCCCAGGGACUUGGAGAACAGCAGGAACAUGCUGGUGCUGAAUCUGAGCCACAACAGUAUCGACUCCAUCCCCAACCAGCUGUUCAUCAACCUGACAGACCUGCUGUACUUGGACCUGAGCGACAACAAGCUGGACAGCCUGCCACCCCAGAUGAGACGCCUGGUGCACCUGCAGACUCUCAUACUGAACAACAACCCACUGAUGCAUGCCCAGUUGCGCCAGCUGCCAGCCAUGGUGGCAUUACAGACUCUCCACUUGAGGAACACCCAGAGGACCCAGAGCAAUAUGCCCACCAGCCUGGAGGGACUGACACAUUUAGCAGAUGUUGACCUGUCAUGUAACGACCUGACUCGGGUGCCAGAGUGCCUCUAUUCACUGGGCAGUCUGAAGAGACUCAACCUGAGCAGUAAUCAGAUCUCUGAACUCUCCCUCUGCAUUGACCAGUGGACUCAGCUGGAGACACUUAACCUGAGCCGUAACCAGCUCACCUCACUGCCCUCUGCCAUCUGUAAGCUGUCCAAACUGAAGAAGCUGUAUGUAAACUCCAACAAACUGGACUUUGACGGGGUUCCACCAGGUGUGGGCAAACUCUCCAGCCUCACUGAGUUCAUGGCCGCUAACAACAACCUGGAACUCAUCCCUGAGGGACUCUGCAGGUGUGGCAAGUUGAAGAAGCUGGUGCUGAAUAAAAACCGCCUGGUGACACUGCCUGAGGCCAUCCACUUCUUGACUGACUUGGAGAUUCUGGAUGUGCGUGAGAACCCCAACCUGGUGAUGCCUCCUAAACCAGUCGACAGAGCAGCAGAGUGGUACAACAUUGACUUCUCCCUACAGAACCAGCUCCGGCUGGCCGGGGCCUCGCCUGCUACUGUAGCAGCUGCUGGAGGAGGAGCCAGCCCCCGAGAUCACCUGGCAAGGAAGAUGAGGCUAAGGAGGAGGAAGGACUGCUCUCAGGACGAUCAGGCAAAGCAGGUGCUCAAGGGCAUGAGUGAUGUCGCGCAGGAGAAGAAGAACUUAGAGGAGAACGGGGACUUGAAAUACAGUGAUAUGAAGAUCCGACGCUGGGACAAAAGUCUAGAGAAGCCUCAACUAGACUACUCUGAGUUCUUUAUGGAAGACGUGGGGCAGGUUCCAGCUGUAUCGGUGUGGCAGAUAGAGAACUUUAUUCCCAUCCAAGUGGAUGAAGCUUUCCAUGGCAAGUUCUAUGAGGCGGACUGCUACAUCGUCCUCAAGACCUUCCUGGAUGAUAACGGAGCGCUAAACUGGCAGAUCUUCUACUGGAUCGGCCAGGAGGCCACGCUGGACAAGAAGGCUGGCUCUGCCAUCCAUGCCGUCAACCUCAGAAAUUUCCUCGGUGCAGAGUGCAGGACUAUAAGGGAAGAGAUGGGAGAUGAGAGCGAGGAGUUUAGCGCCGUGUUCAACAAUGAGAUCUCCUACAUUGAAGGAGGAACAGCCAGUGGAUUCUACACUGUUGAGGACACACACUAUUCUGUCAGGUUAUACAGGGUUUAUGGCAAGAAAAACAUUAGAUUGGAGUCUGUACCUGUAAAAGCCUCCUCCCUCGACCCACGUUAUGUCUUCCUGUUGGACACAGGGCCGGAAAUCUUUGUCUGGAGAGGAGCCAACGCUACGCUCAGCGGUACCACGAAGGCCAGGUUAUUUGCAGAAAAGAUAAAUAAGAAUGAGCGUAAGGGGAAGGCAGAGAUCAUAACCCUGAUGCAGAACCAGGAGCCUCCAGGGUUCUGGGAGGUGCUGGGGGGACAACCAGAAGAGAUCAAGAAACACGUACCAGAUGACUUCUCUCCCAUCAGACCUAAACUGUACAAGGUGGGCUUGGGUUUGGGCUACCUGGAGCUGCCUCAGGUUAACUACAAGCUGUCAGUGGAGCACAAAGACCACAAGAUCAAACUAGACACCCUGCCAGAGCUGAGACUGGUGCAGUCUCUGCUUGACACAAAGUGCGUGUACAUCCUGGACUGCUGGUCUGAUGUGUUCAUCUGGAUCGGAAGGAAGUCUCCCCGUCUCGUCCGAGCUGCUGCCUUAAAACUGGGCCAGGAGAUCUGCUCCAUGCUGCACCGGCCCAAACAUGCCUGUGUCACCCGCAACCUGGAGGGCACCGAGUGUCAGGUGUUUAAGUCCAAGUUUAAGAAUUGGGACGAUGUGUUGAAGGUGGACUACACCAGAGCAGCUGAGACCGUACAACAGAAUGACAACCUGCAGGGCAAGGUGAAGAAGGACGCAGAGCAGAAAGACCAGAUGAAGGCUGACCUCACAGCUCUCUUCCUUCCCAGGCAGCCAGCCAUGCCCCUCACUGAGGCUGAGCAGUUGAUGGAGGAGUGGAAUGAGGACCUGGAUGGCAUGGAAGGAUUUGUGUUGGAGGGAAAGAAGUUUGCUCGCCUGCCCGAGGAAGAGUUUGGGCAUUUCUACACACAGGACUGCUAUGUCUUCCUCUGCAGGUACUGGGUGCCUGUGGAGUACGAGGAGGAGGAGGAGAAGGAGAAGGAGAAGAAGGAGGGCGGUGGAGGUGGAGGAGGAGGUGGUGGUGGUGGUGGUGGUGGUCGAGGAGGAAGAGGAGGAGGAGGAGGAGGAGGAGAGGAUGAGGAGGACGACAAACAGCCAGAGGAGGACUUCCAGUGUGUGGUUUACUUCUGGCAGGGCAGACAGGCCUCCAACAUGGGCUGGCUCACCUUCACCUUCUCCCUGCAGAAGAAGUUUGAGAGUCUUUUCCCUGGAAAACUGAAGGUGGUGCGUAUGACCCAGCAGCAGGAGAACCUCAAGUUCCUGUCCCAUUUCAAGAGGAAAUUCAUCAUCCACAAAGGGAAGAGGAAACAGAAGACCGACUCUGCCCAGCCCUCCCUCUACCACAUACGCACCAAUGGCAGUGCACUUUGCACCAGGACCAUCCAGAUUGGAACAGAUUCAAGCAAUCUCAACUCAGAGUUCUGCUUCAUACUCAAGGUACCAUUUGAGAGCACAGACAAUCAGGGCAUCGUUUACACCUGGGUGGGCAGAGCUGCUGACCCUGACGAAGCCAAACUGGCCGAGGACAUCAUGAACAGCAUGUUCGAUGACACAUACAGUAAACAGGUAAUAAAUGAGGGGGAGGAGCCGGAGAACUUCUUCUGGGUGGGAAUUGGCUCUCAGAAGACCUACGAUGAAGAUGCAGAUUAUAUGAAACAUGCUCGGCUCUUCAGGUGUUCGAAUGAGAAGGGUUAUUUCUCGGUGUCAGAGAAAUGCUCAGACUUCUGUCAGGAUGACUUGGCUGACGAUGACAUCAUGUUGCUGGACAACGGCAAAGAGGUGUACAUGUGGGUCGGUACUCAGACCAGCCAGGUGGAGAUCAAACUUAGUCUCAAAGCUUGCCAGGUUUACAUCCAGCACAUGCGCUCUAAGGACGCUGAACACCCGAGGAAGCUCCGACUGGUGCGGAAGGGAAACGAGCCCCACUGCUUCAUACGCUGCUUCCACGCCUGGGGAGCUUUCAAAACUCCCCCCUCGUAGAUAAACACUCUCUGAAUCGCACAAAGGCUGAAAAAUGCUCACAACUACAUACAGAUUGAUUCGCUGCCAUGUUAUUUUCUACCAGUAAGAAGAUGAUGUCUAUGCCUAUAACCCAGCUUUACCUGAGCUCUGUUUCCUACCCUCCAUCCUGCUCAGCAGCCUUUUUGCCAACAGGUUACUGUCAGAAUUAAGUUUAGCACAACAUCCUCAUCAGUGAGAAUUCUUCUGGUUAAGAAGCUGUUGUCUCGGUUUCUUGUCUUUAGGAUAUAUCAGUUUUUCUACAAGCUUUUUUUAGCAGCGAGUCUAAAUACUGUUGUUGAAUGAAAGAAGAGAAUUAUGUUUUGAGAUAAAAUAGAUCUAAGGUGUACAGAAGCUUUAUAAAAACCCAAAGGGAGGCGAAUCCCCUAACAUAUCAAUCUGUUUUGCUGCCUUCUCGUGGCUUGUGCUGCAUGGUCCGUUUUCAGUGGAGGAGGGUAAGUGCUCAGUAGGACAAGAAUCGCUCCUCCGUGCUUGGUGCCAUUUUGCGCAGCUCAUCUGAAGCAGUUUAGGGCAGAUAAAAGUUGAUUUUACAGUUUUGGGGUUUUUUUGUUUUCCAAUCAUUGAGGGAAUGAACAGAGAACCGCACUAUAAUUGUUUUUCUGAGGAAUGUUGGUUUAUAUAUAUUUUUCUGUUCUGUGGACUAUACAUUGUGUGUGUGUGUGUGUGUGUGUGUGUGUGUGUGUGUGUGUGUGUGUGUGUGUGUGUGUGUGUGUGUGUGUGUGUGUGUGUGUGUGUGUGUGUGUGUGUGUGUGUGUGUGUACACCCUAUGCGCCUUUACUGAAAUGGGGUAUGCCCCUUUUCCCACAGUCGGUUUGAUUUCUGUUCUCACCUCCGCUAACUUGACCACUGACCUGAAAAUUUGUAUGAGAUAUGUUUUAGUCUUACAAAGUAUGAUUCACAUGUAAAGAUGCUCUGGACAGUAAUUUCCUUAGCCAUCUGAAAGUUAAAACAGUUUCAUUUAUUUGGCCAAAGAAAUCUUGAGGUCAGUGUGCAAGCAAUAGUUUGUGAGACAGAGCGUUGUUUUAUGUUUAAGUUCAAGGACAGAUGUUUAAAUGUGCAAUCAGUAAAGGCUGGGAGAUCCUGAAACUAAACAAUACUAAAAAACAAUACAUUACAAGCUGCAUUCAACUUUUCAAAAUGCUUUUCUGGAGCAGAGAGGAUAAGAGGAGCUGAAGAGUUUCUUUCCAAAACUUAUAAUCAUUUCUGAAAAAGUAAAUGAUGUUUAAAAUUUUCCAGGUUCGAACAUUAAGACAGUUUAGUCAGACCCUGAUCUUAAAGUGUUGCUUUCUUUUUCAGAUAUGCUUCUCGUUUUGGAAAAAAACAAUUUCCAAGUUUUAAUGGGAGAUCUGUUGCACCAUAUCAGACACAUAUCUUAAUAAAUAUAAUGACGUCUGGUUCGACUGAUCUCAGAUCAGUAGUUAGUUUUUAUGGUUAACUCAUGCGUGGCCCCAGCGUCAACCUUUGGAGUACAAAACUUCUGCAGUGCGGCUUGUGAUCAUGUAACCUGUGCAGUAUGCAGACAUUGGUUCAAGCAAGACAUCUAUGUAUUCCCAAAUUGCUGCAACUUCCAUCAUUUUGAAUCUUUACUGUAUUGUGUGGGGUGAACUGUAUGCCAGUUAGUGUGUCAAGUCCUACACACAUGUAUAUGAAUAUGUGCACAUGCUCCUGAUGCCACCUGCAGAUGCUUUAUUUAUGUAUUUUAUAUAAAAAUAAAAUCUCACAUCGCAUACUUGGUCA